AUUUCAAAUGACUUCAUCACCUUUAAAAAUAACACUAAAAUUAUCUGGACCAAAAUCAGCUGAAAUAUCUCAACCUCCUUCACCAGCUUCUAACAAAAAUAUAAACAUAAAGGAAGAUGACACAUCUUCAGUGGAUAGUCCUCGUAAAAAAUCUAAGCCAAACAAUAGUCGCAAUCGAAAGAUCAAAACGGAGGGAACACCAGUACCAGACACGCCUAAUACAGUAGAGGAAGAAACGGUUGAUGAAACUCCUAAUAGUCAUAUGAAUAGACGUACUGGAGUAGGAAUACAGAGCAAUUAUAACAAUUCAACACUUACAUUAAAAGACUUGAUGAAGUAUAAAGACAUUAAAGUUAGAAAAUGGGCAAUAAAGCCGCUUAUAUUUUAUACUUUAGACGGUGCAGAAGUUAAAAUUCCAUCUUGGCAGUCAGAGGAAGAAAUGAAAAUCAAUGAACAAACAACAGAACCAAUCACUGUUUCAGAAAUAGAUCAAUUAUUUUCAUCAACUGCAGGCGAAAAAGAUUUUCGACCUUUUCUUUGUACUCAACCUGGCUGUUCAAAAGCAUUUACAUCAUAUGAUCAGCUUCAGACUCAUGAAACAAAUAUGCACGGUACUAAGAAAUUAGUCUGUGGCAUUGAUGGAUGUCACAAGAGUUUUGUAACCACAGGUCAAUUAACUAAGCAUCGUAAAAUGGUUCAUUUCAGGGCUGCAAGGAAAGCAAAGUUAGCAGCAGCAGCAGCAGCAGCAGAAGUAGAAACAGUAGAAACGCCAGUGUCAGCAUUAGAAGAUAAGGAUGAAGAAGUAAUUAUUAAUGGCGGGGAUAAUGAAAGUGUUGAUAUUUCGGCUUCAUAAAUAUAUAAAUAUCU